AUGUUUUGUUCGUUCGUUCGUUUGUUCGUUCGUUUGUUCGCUCGUUUGUUUGCUCGUUUUUGUUUUUUUGCUUGUUUCUUCGCCUGUUUUCUUCUUUAGUGACUUGUUUAUCUUUUCCUACUCAAGCCCGCAAAAUGGUAAGCAAGAGCCAGGUGCACAUUUAACGGGGCCACCGCUAAACUGAGCAGAGCAGGCGGCAGCACGCAUUUUGCACCCAUUUUGCGCACGCGGGGGCAUCGCCAUUUGGACAGAAAAGGCGAACCAAAUCGCAGCGUAGCGCCAGGGAGAAGCCUCUACAGGUUGACCGAGGGUGCCCAUUAAAAGGCUGCAAAUCAGACCAGCACCUUUAACCGCAAUCGGAACAAUUGCAAAGCUUCUAAGGUCGACCCCUUCAAGGUAGGCAGCAAAGGGAAACGAAAAAGAAGUUAAAUUGCAACCAAAAUGGCCCACCUCAAUUGUGAUGAAAGGCUAUAUAACAAAACGGCGUUGUACUCUCCAGGGGGGGAUUCCACUUUGAACGGUUUGCAUGAAGUACCUUUGAAUUAUUUUGAUCCCCCGUGGGGGGGUCCCCCUGGGAAUCUUCUUCACACACUCCACGAGGAGAGAACAAGUAGUGCAGUUCUUCCCACAGAUGGGAGGAAGAAAAAAAGAGAGAAAAAAAAAAAGACUAAAAUUCGGAUGUGCUAUAAUUGUAAGGCACCCACGACUGGUGAAGGAGGAAGAACUGCCGCCGACAAGGGAAGCUACCUGAAAGACAAACAUUUUGGUGAGUCCAAACAGGGAGACUACAAACGUGCAAUGAUAAACAUCACGGCAGAUGAACACUCUAGCGAAGGGGACUACACAGAUGGUACUGACCACACUGUAGCUACUUUGGACCAGUGGAAGAAGCCUCGAAAGAAAUUUAUGGGGAAGUAUUUUUUUUCCGAAAUAGCUAGUAGUUUGUUGCACCCUUGGAGUGGGUCUCCUCCCUCUACUGCCCCCCAGUCGGGUGUAGUGAACCCUCGCCUGGACUGCUUGCAUUAUCGGAUAGCGGCGAGGGGAAAGGGGCGGGAGGGCUGCAGCAGGCCGGAAAUUGUCGUCCGAUUUUAGCGAGCGGGUGUGCCGCAUUAGGCUGUGGAAGUUGGGUUGCUCAGUGUAGCGCCGACUAGCUGCGACUAUAACCGAUUUGUGCCGACUCUUCAUUUGAGGCAGAUCCUGGGUGCCAUCACCCAAUCGCUCCUCUGGAGGGAUGCCCUGUGCCAUCUCCUGCGUGCCAUCACCCAAUCGCUCCUUCCUCUAACCUAAGCGGCGCGUUUGUUUUGUCCUCCUGUGCAUGUUCAUACUGCGCGCUUCGAUUCGUCUCUCCCUCUUUCUCUUUCU